UAUUUAACUUUUCUCUCUCUGAGGCUCACCAGUCUUUCCAGUUCUUCCUCCAAGUGUUCCUCUUCUUCUCAUUAGGGUGAAAACACACUAAACCACCAAGAUGUCAGAAAAAAAGAUGACCUCCAGCCGCAGGCAUCAUUUGAAGAGCCUGGUGCUCUCCAUCGCCUUCAAUCUGCUGGAAGCGGAAGCCAAGCAGGCGGUUAUUGAUAAGGAGAACUACAUGAGUGAACACUGCCCUGCUCUGGAUCUGCCUGGAUCCCAGCAAGAGCUGCAGGAACUGUGCAAGAAACUGCACCAACAGAUCGACACUAUUGAUGAGGAGAGAUACGACUUGGAGGCCAAGGUUUCCAAGGCAAACAAGGAGAUUGAGGAUCUGAAGCUCAAGGUGGUCGACCUCAUUGGCAAGUUCAAGAAACCCGCGUUGAAGAAAGUGCGCAUGUCUGCCGAUCAGAUGCUUGGGGCUCUUCUGGGCUCCAAACACAAGGUGUCCAUGGAUCUGAGAGCCAACCUGAAACAAGUCAAGAAGGAGGUCAAGGAAGAGUCUGUAGAACAAGUCGGCGACUGGCGUAAGAACGUUGAGGACAAGGCUGGUAUGGGCGGCAGGAAGAAGAUGUUUGAGUCCGAGGCUUAAGAUGUAUCGUUUUUGUUCUCCCAAAUGUCUUACAUUUUCUCUGCCAAACAUCGUUCUAUCCUGUGAGCCUCCCGUUCAAAUAAAAAUUAUUUUUCCUGGACUAUUUUGCACAUUGUACAUUGUCCGAGUGUUGAAUGGCAUGGCGUUAAAUAUUAGUGUAUACAUGUAUGCCUUUGUAUCCUCUACUGAGCAGCCAAUAGCAUUCGCAUGUUCACUACUGUUCAAAGGUUUGGGGUCGGUAAUAUUUGAAAUGUUUUUGAAAGAAGACUAUUAUGAUCAUCAAGGCUGCAUUUUAAGAUUAAAAAACACAGUGAAUACAGUACUUUUGUUAACAUUUAAAAUAAAUGUUUUCUAUUUGAAGAUA